UGCGUUACAUACGUAGCAAGUGUAAAAGAAACUGAUGAACAGUAGAAACCAGAGACGGAAGAGGAAACCAAGAUGUACAGCUUCGUAAUUCUUCUAAAUGGAAGAAUAUCAAGCAGAGCAAACCACCACUGGUCGCAUUAGUGUGUAGGAGACCCACUCAAAAAAAAUAGAAAAAGAAACCGGAAGUAUCAAUUUCUCGUGCUGAGCCGUGUGUCUUUACAAUUUUUGGGGGGCAGAAUUUUUUUACUGAACAGCUGAUACAAUGGCGCCACUGGACCUGGGUAAAUACGCAGAGAUUGCCAAGCAGUGUAAAUAUUUACCUGAAAACGACCUCAAGAGGUUAUGUGACUAUGUGUGUGACCUAUUGCUUGAGGAGUCCAAUGUCCAGCCUGUGUCCACCCCUGUGACUGUGUGUGGGGAUAUACAUGGACAGUUUUAUGAUCUUUGUGAACUGUUCAGAACAGGAGGACAGGUUCCAGACACAAACUAUAUUUUCAUGGGUGACUUUGUUGACCGGGGAUAUUACAGCUUGGAGACAUUCACAUACUUGCUGGUGUUAAAAGCCAAAUGGCCUGACCGUAUCACACUUUUAAGAGGAAACCACGAAAGCAGACAGAUAACCCAAGUAUAUGGGUUUUAUGAUGAAUGCCAAACCAAAUAUGGAAAUGCCAAUGCCUGGCGCUACUGUACCAAAGUUUUUGAUAUGUUAACAGUUGCAGCGCUGAUGGAUGAGCAAAUUUUGUGUGUUCAUGGGGGCUUGUCCCCGGACAUAAAGACCCUAGAUCAGAUCAGAACAAUUGAACGUAACCAGGAGAUCCCCCACAAGGGAGCAUUCUGUGACCUUGUGUGGUCAGACCCUGAGGAUGUUGACACCUGGGCCAUCAGCCCCAGAGGAGCUGGGUGGCUGUUUGGUGCAAAAGUCACUAAUGAGUUUGUUCACAUCAACAACUUGAAGUUGAUCUGUCGAGCACAUCAACUAGUCCAUGAGGGUUACAAGUUCAUGUUUGAUGAGAAGCUGGUCACUGUCUGGUCCGCUCCUAACUACUGCUAUCGCUGCGGCAACAUUGCCUCCAUUAUGGUCUUCAAAGACGCCAAUACAAGGGAGCCCAAGCUGUUCCGGGCAGUGCCAGACUCAGAGAGAGUAAUUCCACCCAGAACAACAACACCCUAUUUUCUGUAAAUUCUGCACUAUUGUCAGCUUUUGUCGCAUUGUUAUCAACCACCACAUGAUAUAAAUUAAAUACAGAGCAGCAACAACAUGUUGAAGUCACACCACUGAUGAUGUAAUUCAUAUUUUAUUUUAGUAUAGUAUGUUCCUCAUAUGCUGUACUAUGUUGUGUCAGUUGUAGCUUUGUGUACCAACAUGCAAUAUCACAUGGAAGUAUCCUGUCAAGAAAUGUCACUACUCUUUUAUAAAUUGUAGGUGAUAGCAGUGAGAAUACUGUUUUUAUCCAAUGCCCUUAGAUUCAGUUCUUCAUUGUAGAUUCAAUUAUUUGUUGUAGUACAGGAAGAUCAUAUGAAGUGAAAGAGGAACCCUUAUGUUAGCCACCUCAUGGGAGGAGGUCACAGUUUCAGUUUGUCUGUUAGGCCUACAGAAGAUUGAAUUUUAUUUUUGUAAUGUAGCCUAUAUUUAUUAAAUAUAUAUAAAUAUAUACACACAUAUAUAUGAAGCACUCAAAUUAGAAAUGGCACAUAUGAGCAAUGGUAUUUUUGUUCAGAAAUAUGUUUAAAAUUGAAUCUAUUCAUGCACUUGACUUAACUGUCUCAUUUUGUCUUAUAAUAAAGCUAUACGCCUGAUAAUUUAGUUGGAAGUUAUGAUGA